AUGAAUUCUAAAGCAAAUAGCACUCAGGCAGGGGGUGCUCAAACUUUCAACUUCAAGUCAAAGAGUCAAAGAGUCAAAAAUCCCAGGCUGUUUGGUUUCUUGCUGACCGCAGACACAGCAUUGGUGGUGGUUGAGCCGCCAGUUGCGCUGGGGGCGCAGCAGGCGCCCUUCACCGGGGAUACUUUUGAGAAUGUUCCCCGGUCACUGUCAUCAUCAGGUGACGAUGCCCCUCGGAAACGCAUGAAACCGAAGUCGGCUGAGUCCGAAACCUGUGCUAGGAAGUGCGUCUCGACGUGCGUUCGGGGAGGAGCCGGGGGACCGGGGACAGAGGGGCCCCUAAACGUACGAAAACCGCUGGUCGUCUUCAAAGAGGGCUUCAGGAGCCGGCAAUACUGUCUCUCCGAGUGUGUCGAAAUCUGCAACAUCCUUACCAAAGAUUGAGAGCUAGUCAUACUGGGGUCGGCCGUGCAACUUGUCAAUCAAGUUUGGCUGAAACUUAGUGUAGUCUUGGCGGCUCGAUGGCCGCUAUUAGGAUAUUCGUGACAGAUGUAACAAGAUAAGUUCAAAGAGUUGACUGAGACUGGCCUCAAACGGUCAAUCAAUAGUUUCCCCGAAUCAAAUUGAGCUCGAGAGCCUGCUUGUGCAGCCCUGCUGAUUUUCAUAUGACGAGUGGAUUCAAGCUAGUGAUCAAAACAUUGAUCGGAAACGGACCGGAGAUUGAUGGCAAACCCAUUGAGUAACGAAUGCCAGAAUUUACUCUUGCAGUUUACGCACACGCUUUUUGGUCCUGAGUUGCUAAGAUCGUUUACGUGCAACCCCUGUAAGAUGAAUACUUAAAGCCCGAUUGUUGUAACUUAGCUUGGGGACGGUCAGCUCACACAAGGAUCAGCUUAUCACAGGCACUGAGCCAUGUAUUGACGCGGACGCCCACGAUUGUCGAC